CAGCUGCUCCACGGAAGCGGCCGGCUCCGGCUCAUCCCCACCCGAGAGCCCGGGCAAGUGCCUUGCGGACGCUGAGGUGACCCCAUCCGAGCAGCCAGGGCGUCACCCCAUGACAAGCCGCUACCCUUCAGUCUUGCUGCCCCACACGCAGCCCUGGGCACCAGGAUGGUGUGACGUGGUCCUGUGAAUCCCACAGGGAAGGCAGUUCUUGUAAAGGUGGCAGUCCUAGACGUCAAUGCCACCAGCGGUGCCCCCGGAGCCCCAGUCUCCAGGAUGUCCCAGCUUUCCUCCCCGCUGAAGCGCUAUGGAGACACCUCCCGCUACCCCGCCUCCUCCUACAGUAAAUCCCCCACCAGCUACGGCUCGUACUCUUCCUAUGGCUCCAGCUUUGUCGCCUCUUACCCGGACAAGGACAAGGUCAGCUUCAAGCCGAGCCCCCCCAGCAGCUAUCUGCCCUCCAGCCGGCUGCGGACCUCGGGCACCUCCCCGACCAGUAGCUACGAUGCGGGCCGUCUGGCGCUGUGCCCAGAGUCCAGCAUCAGGCUGAGCCCGGCCUAUGGCCGCAUGCUGGCCAGGCCUCUGGGCAGCGGGGGCCUGAGCGGGGGAGCGUGCUACGCCUACACCAGCCCCACCAGCAGCCCCACCAGCUACAUGGCGACACCGUCCACGCUCAGCCGCAAGAAGUCCAGCAGCCACUCGGACCUGGCGCGGGAGUUCGCCGGGCUGCACACCUCCGAACCCUACCGCCUGGACUCACCCACCCACACCCCACUCCUCGCCCGCAAUCGCCAGGAGCUCUGUGCCCUGCAGAGCCUGUAUCAGGCCGCCAGCCGCUCCGAUUACGUCAAGGAGUACCUGGAGUCCUGCAGCAGGAAGGGCAACCGCACCCCCGGCUGCUCCCGCAGUCCCACCCAAGAAGUGCUCACCCCUAUGCUCCGGCCCAACAGCCGCUGCCCCAGCCAGCCAUGGGAGAGGAGUGAGAGCCGGACAGACUCCCCAGCCAGGGACCCCUCGAACUCCAAGACAGUGCAGGGUCUGACUGGCCUCCGUAACCUUGGAAACACGUGUUUCAUGAACUCGAUCCUGCAGUGUCUGAGCAACACGAAGGAGCUCCGGGACUACUGCUUGCAGAACCAGUACGUGCGGGACCUCAACAGCAACAGCCGCAUGCGCACCGCGCUGAUGGCAGAGUUCGCAAAGCUGAUCCAGCUGCUCUGGACCUCGUCCCCCAACGAAGUGGUGAGCCCCUCGGAAUUCAAGACCCAGAUCCAGAGAUACGCACCCCGCUUUGUCGGCUACAACCAGCAGGACGCUCAGGAAUUCCUGCGCUUCCUCCUCGAUGGGCUCCACAGCGAGGUGAACCAGGUGCUAGUGCGGCCCAGAUCCAACCUGGACAACCUGGACCACCUGCCUGACGAUGAAAAAGGGAGGCAGAUGUGGCAGAAGUACCAGGAGAGGGAGGAUAGCCGGAUCGGAGAUCUCUUCGUCGGGCAGCUGAAGAGCUCCCUGACCUGCAGCGAGUGUGGUUACUGCUCCACGGCCUUCGACCCCUUCUGGGACCUGUCCCUGCCCAUCGCCAAGAAGAGCUACGGCGAGGUGACCCUGUUGGACUGCCUGCGGCUCUUCACCAAGGAGGACGUGCUGGAUGGAGACGAGAAGCCAACAUGCUGUCGUUGCAAAACCAGGACAAGGUGCACAAAGAAGUUCAGCGUCCAGAGGUUUCCAAAGAUCCUGGUGCUUCAUCUGAAGCGCUUCUCCGAGGCCAGGAUACGAACCAGCAAGCUCACCACCUUCAUCAGCUUCCAGCUGAAGGACCUGGACCUGCGGGAGUUUGCCGCACAGAGCUGCAAUCAUGCCAUUUACAACCUGUAUGCCAUCUCAAAUCACUCCGGGACCACCAUGGGAGGGCACUACACAGCCUACUGCAAGAGCCCAGUGUCUGGCGAGUGGCACACUUUCAACGACUCCCGCGUCACCCCGAUGUCCUCCAGCCACGUGCGCAGCAGCGACGCCUACCUGCUCUUCUACGAGCUGGCCAGCCCGUCUUCCCGCAUGUAGCUCCUGCCCCCCCGCUCGGCCCCCUGGGAGCAUGGCAUGGCCACGCCGAGACAGGAAGACCCAGGACGGCCACGACUCUGGCGGGGAUUUCUAUUAAUUGGUUCGUUUUUUAAAAAACAACACAAGACGCAAGAGAAACCACCCCUAAAAUGGGGCCAGCACCCUGGCCGGGGGUGGGAGAUAGAUUUCUCCUGCCCGUGGGCCCAUUGCGGCAGAGGCUGAAGACAAGUGGAGCCCCAGACCAACCGGCGGCACAGACAGUGGAGAGGAUGCCGGCACAGAGGGAGCUGGACAGUUUGGACGAUUCCUGCUGUUAGGGGCGGGGAUUGGAUUCUUAGCUUAUUUUGCUCUUUUCUUUAGUGUGUAAUAAAUGCCGAGGGGCGCAGAAGCCUGCCUGUCCCAUUAACUCCAAGCAACCACCCCCUCCCACCCCGGGGCAGACACGAGUGGGGUUUGGGGACCCAAGAGGGCCUCCAUCUCAUCCUGGUGCAACCACACCAUUUGGAGCCUGCUGCUUGGGAACCCCAUCUUGAAUUGCACUAUGGAAACACCGCACCUGCUCUCCAGCUCGGCCCCACCCUGCUCGCUGCAGCCAGGGGCUGCUCCUCCGAACCGGACUAAUAGCCCGCCACCCUUCUCCAAUAGCCCGAGGCAACUUGGCUGGUGGCUCUGCCCAUAGAGCAGUCGUGGCAGUGAAUUAUUGAUUUGAAACUCCCUGGCCAGGCUGUGACCGGGUUUGCAUGGAUGACGGCCGGCGGUGCACAGGGAGCCCAGGACAGGUCCUGGAGUGACUGUUCUGCCUCUCAGCACUUUGGGGGGAUACUCUUGAGUUCAUUUUUAAUUGACUUUUCUCAGUCCACAGUGCCCACGCUGGUUUCCUAGGGGGCCUCCUUGCUCGGAGCAUCGGGGACGGGGGAGAGACUCGCUUUGGGUGGGUUUACCAGCCUGCUGUACAACCGUGCCUUAAAAUGUUUUGGGAGCAGGGAGGGGCAUGUGAGCUGAAGUAAUGUUCCCAUAAUCCUCUGGGGCAUGCCCAGCCUAUGCCAUGAGGGCCACCAGCUUUCUGAGAGCCAGCUUUUUUUGGGCGGGGGGGUGUCUCUGAGCAGUUGGGAAUGGUGAGCAGCAGCCUCUCCCUCCCACAGAGGCGUGAAGCCAGCCCCCCUGGGCUUCCCCUGGACUGGCCAGGGAGUCUCAAUGGCCUUUUUAGUCUUUUCUCUAAUUUAUUCUCUUCCUCCCUUCCCCCCCAGCCGCAUUCAGAGCAUCCCACCAGACCCUACAGCUGAGCUAGCCCCUGGCACGCUCAGAGAUGCCCCCACAGCCCUGUUGAAUUGUGCCCCUUGCCUGUUCUUGGCACUGCACGGCCGGGGCAGCCUGGCUGCUUUGCCUGCGUCCCUCAACCGCUCCUUGCCCCGAGAACAGGUCUAAGAGGACCGACACUGUUAGAUUGAAAGGGACAUUUUCCAACUGCUUAGCCAGGGCCCCUUUCAACGUGGCUGGGGGCACCUGCUGCAGGGGAAGAGUGGCUGCAGGAGCAGCCCAGACAGCAGCUGGGGGGAGGCUGAGCAGAGCAGAGUUGCUGGUUUGGUUACUGCUUGUUUACUGUGUAAGCAAGGUGAGCGGAAGAGUGUGAGUACAAGGGAGACUUGUACAGGAAUAAAUUUUAGCUUGAACACCC